AUGGGCCACGUGGCAAAGUACUGGCCGCUCUGCGACGCUCACCUGGACACACCGCGAGCUGGUCCACGUAACCCAGCGCACCUUCAGCGGCUCGCGCUGGAGGCGCUGGUGAGGGCUUUCUCCAGAUAUCCACGGUGCCGCCGGCGCCGGUUGGUCAUCGAGCAGCUGCCCCUCUUCAUGCGCCUCGAUGCGAUCGAAGACAUGUGCGACUAUCUGUCGCUGCUCGACGUCCAGCUCGAGCUACUGUCCGAUCCGCUGCUCGUCAGUGACGUCAUCCGGCGGCUACCCGGCGAGCGAACGAAGCUGAUCCGCUGCCUGCAGUGGCUGGAGAGCAACAAGAAACCGCUGAUCGCCCAGCUGUGCCGGAGGUACAUGGCGCUGUACGAAGCGGAUCAGAUCGAAGCAGCCGCUGGUGUCGACUGUUGGGUAGGCCAGCGUAUUGGAGUGUUCCUUACCGAGACCGGUUGGCUGCAAGAUGGGGCCACCAUUCUACACAUCGCCCGCCUGCAAACAACACCCGGUUCGGACGAGGAGUUGGCCGUAUCGCUUCAUCUGCUGCGGGCGCAAACGCUCGGCGGUAAUCUGAUCGACGCCCGUCAGUCCUACGACCGGAUCACGGCGUGGAUGAUGUCGGCUUCGAGCGCCGCGUUCCGGCGGUCCCUGGUGAAGCCAUCGUUCGGCGGGUCUCCUAGCGGACCGGAAGCGACCCAUGAUCUGGCGGCUGCCGUUCAUCUGGCCCUGUCGCUGUAUCAGCUGGAGGUUUGUGAGGUUUCGCUCAGCUACCACUACGCGGUGCUGGCGUUGGAGCUGCUCAGCGAGUCAGCUUCGCACCGGUUGGUCAUCGACGUGUGCCGUCAGUUGGCUCGCGCUUGUCUGGCGCGACAGUUUUACGCCAAAGCCAACCACUUGCUGCGCCAAGCCAUUGCCCGGGCGGGCGAGUGGUUCGGCAAGCAGAGCGCUCAGUACGCGGAGACCCUCGAGGACUACGCGAUGUAUUUGCUGGCGCGCGACAACGUGACCGACUGUGUGAACGUGUUCUCGGAGGCCCAGCAAAUCUAUCUGCGGCUUUACGGCUCACGGAACUUGCUGCUUGCGCAUGCCCAGGGAAACAUCGUGUUCGGGCUGUGCCUCCAGGCGUACGUCAUCGGUCGGGUGGACCAGGCGAUGCACCACGUCGAGAAGACGAUGGCCAACUUCGCGCGCAUCCUGCCCGCCGGGCAUCGGUUGCUGGUGCAGGGACGACGGUUACGAACGACGAUGGGACUGCUGCUGUUCGGGCUGGACACAGGCAGCCGAUGGACGCACGAAGACGAGCACGGCCAGGAUUUGCAGAGGGUCGAGAAGUUGAGCGAGAAAGAACGGGCUCUACCGGUAGGCGCUUUGCGCCGUGGGUUCUACCUUUGUUAG